GCGGCCUCCAUCUUGUCUAACUUGACGCGGGUGUCUCGGGCAGCAGGACAGGUGGGAGCUCCGGUCUGACGAGCUGCUGUUGUUCUGAACACAAAGAGAGGAGCCGGACAGAAUCACUACAUUAAAAACAUGAACACAUCACGAUACAUUUAAACAUUAUUAUAUCUCAUUUAAAAACCGACAUUUAUGACGCGUUUUGUGUGAGAAAUGUCCGACAGCAGAGAGAAAAAUUCAUCAGAAACUGCGCAGUCAUAGUUUAAUGGGAGCGGUGACCUGAGCAGAUAUGGCAGCUGACGACAAGGUUGCCAUCCUGACAGACGAUGAGGAGGAGCAGAAGAGGAAGUAUGUGUUGGCCGAACCAUUCAACACCCUGUCGAUGGAGCGGCAGGUGGGUGUGUCUGCCACGCCUGCGCCCGCCGCUGACGCCCCGCCCGAGCAGCCAACGGCCACCUCCAUCGACUGCUGCGAGAGGAUGUGCCUCCACAUCAACAGCCACCUCCUCAUCUCCAAAGUCUUCUACUUCUUCUUCUACGCCGCCUACGGCUCGCUGCACCCUCUGCUGGCCGUGUACUACAAGCAGCUGGGCAUGUCGGCCAGCCGCAGCGGGCUGCUCGUCGGCAUCCGUUACUUCAUCGAGUUCUGCAGCGCCCCCUUCUGGGGCGUGGUGGCCGACCGCUUCAAGAAGGGGAAGGCGGUGCUGCUGUUCUCCGUGUUCUGCUGGCUGGUGUUCAACUGCGGCAUCGGUUUUGUUAAACCUGCGGAGAUGAAGUGCGAGGAGAAAGGUGCUGUUCCGGCGACGACGUUGGCGACGACGUUGGCGCCAACGAGGACGACUCUUCCGCACAGUAACGUCUCGUAUUCAAGCAACUCCACCCACCACACCAGGAGCCGACGUAGCUUCCUUGACCUCUUUGAACUCCUGGACUCCUACCUCAGCGUGCUCCCCAGGCACGAGCGAAGUGUGGACGCCAACGUGACAUCAUCCCCUUUCAAGCCAGCUAACACAACCCAUGUCACGCCAAACACCACACUCCACACCACCCCCCCCACCAAAACCAAAACCACCUCCACCACCAAAACCACCACCACCACCACCACCACCUCCCCUGCUCCGACCAAAGCCAAGGAGUACCAGAUCAUCUACAACAAGGACCAGGUGGAGACCAUCUUCCUGCUCAUUCUGCUUGUCAUUAUUGUCGGCGAGUUCUUCAGCGCCCCCGCCGUCACCAUUGUGGACACCGUCACCCUGCAGUAUCUCGGCAAAGCCCGCGACCGCUACGGCCUGCAGAGGAUGUGGGGCUCUCUGGGCUGGGGUCUGGCCAUGCUGCUGGUGGGCAUCUGGAUCGAUCACACGCACCUCACCGUCAAGCUGGACGGCGUGGGCUGCAUCCUGCCUGAAUACCGGCUCCACAACUACCGGAUCGCUUUCAUCGUCUUUGGCGUGCUGAUGGGCGUGGCGUUCGUUGUCGCUACGCAGUUCUACUUUGAGAAAAGUGGCAACUACCAGCAGGAGCCCCCAGAGGGGGUGGUGGAGGAGUCGGACAGUCCUCAGGCCUUGCCCGAGUCAGGGUCUUCGGAUCAGACGCCCAUCAGCUCUGACGGCGCUCAGGAGUUCCACUACAGCGACCUUCUGAAGCUGCUGUGCAGCGUGCGCUACAGCUCCGUCCUGUUCGUCGCCUGGUUCAUGGGCUUCGGCUACGGCUUCGUCUUCAGCUUCCUGUACUGGCACUUAGAGGACCUGAAGGGGACGUACACGCUGUUCGGGAUCUGCUCUGUCCUGAGCCACGUCUCCGAACUCGUCGCCUACUUCACCAGCCACAAGUUCAUCGAGCUGGUUGGACACGUCAGAGUGCUGUACAUCGGCCUGGCCUGCAACACGGCGCGUUACCUGUACAUCUCCUACCUGACCAACGCCUGGACCGUGCUGCCCAUGGAGGUCCUUCAAGGUGUGACGCACGCCUCAGUUUGGGCAGCCUGCAUCUCCUACCUGAGCGCCGCCGUCCCGCCGGCCCUGCGGACGUCUGCGCAGGGCAUCCUGCAGGGCCUGCACCUCGGCUUGGGCCGCGGCUGUGGAGCCAUGGUGGGAGGAGUGUUCGUCAGCUAUUUCGGUGCUGCGGAGACCUUCAGAGGAAUCGGCAUGGCCUCCCUCGUCAUCCUCCUCAUCUUCUCCUUCAUCCAGUGUCUGAGCAGAGAGACCGAGGGGAAAGAGGACAAAAUGCUGGCGGAGAACAUCCCGGUCCCGUCCAGCCCGGUUCCCAUCGCCACCAUCGACCUGGUGCCGAACCAGACCGCCGUAGGUAGCCCCGCCCUGAACCGGCAGGCCGCCGUGUUGCCCGUCAAGAAGACAAAGCACCAGGAGGAGCAGGAGGAUGUGACCCGGCCUGCCUGGGUGCUCUCCGGCGCCCCCUGGGUCACCAUCGCCUUCGCCAUCGUCCAGAUCAGAGAGAUGAUAAACAUGGCGAAGAGCGGCGGGCCGCCUCUGGAGACUCAACCGCUGCAGGUAUCUAAUGACCGGGCGUCACCCGAGUAUGAGGCGGUGGCGACGUCACACAGAAACCCCAGUGAUGAUGGCGACACUGCGUCCGCACAGUCGGAACCCAUCCACCCAGCGCCCACGGACUCUAACGAGGACAACAAAGACCAAACGCACCCAGGAGGCCCCAGUGAAAACCCUGCCUUCACAGCAGAAAGCACAGGCUGACUGUCCAUUUAGAGACUAAUUUAAUUUACACACGUGGAGCUUCAUUCAGUGUGUUUUAUUGCCGCAAAAAUAUCCAUCUUUAACUGGUUGAUUAGUCUCCAAUUCAAUCUUAAAAUCUGAGUAAUAAUCUGCUGUUGCUGUGAAAUAAUUCCACCACAGUUUCAUUAAUGACGAGGACUCUCUAGAAAUGAGUCAGUAUCUUGACAAAAUGCUGUAUUUAUGUGGAUUUUUUUGUAAAAAAAAAAAAAAAUUAGCUUGAAAUGAGGCCAAAAAAAUAUCCCUUUAUUCUCAAAAAGUGCUGAUUUUUAUUGGAAGCAGGUGGAUUAUUCCUCUAAUCAGCAGAGUUUGAUGGUUUUUAAAAUGUUUUUUAAGACUCAGACUUGUUUCUAUGGAUUGUUUUUGCAAUUUUUUUGGGGGGAUUUGAAUGUUCGGUUGAAGCUGAAGGUGUAAUCCACACCUGUGAGCGUUGUGCACUAUAUUAACUACCUUUUACCGGUGGAGCGUGAAGGAAAAUCCUUCAGAUGUAAAGAAUGUGCCUCUCCAAACUUAAUUUAUAAACUUUAAAAAAAGUAGGGAAAUCUGACAAGAUGGUGAUUUAAUUUACUGUAAGAAAUUCAGACGGUUGACAGCACAAAUUUAAUGGAUUAAAAAGCAUUUUUUGAAGAAUUUAUUAGCAGCUGAGGUUGUUUCACAAAUGGUUUUAAAUCGCUGUAGUCAUUUUUUUUUCAUUAAUUGUAACACAACACAGAGUGACCAAACUUUAUUCCACUACAGUCUGAUUUUAUAUUGACGAUGUCGUUGCAACCGACAGACAAAAGGGUGAAGAUGAGUUUUUACACUGGAGGAUGAGGGUAGAAAGCUUUCAACCCUAUCACAUGAUAUUCUUCAGCCCAGUUGUAUUUCAAUUUCCAUUUUUCAGAGCUGUAAGGACUUCUCACAUACAGUAUGUAAGCUGUGAUAAAUUAAAGACUACUUUUACUUUUCAGAUUUAAGAUUUAACACAAAGAAACAUACAAUAAGCUACAGCUGCAAGUGUCAUAUAAUAUUUUUAAAGACUAAACCAGUAAUAAGCAGUGUCUAGUUUCAGAGUCGUUAGCGGCUCCUAGAAAGAAACAUUUGACAGGACGUUACAUGUUCACAAAUCCUGUAUGUAUGAGUCAGUUGCUGCAUUUUCAUUUUGGUUUCUCACUAAAUUAUAAAAACUACAGAUAUGACAGAUAUGACCUCAUAGUAACACACUGAAAGGUGGCGAUGACCUCGUGUACUGAUGAACUACUGUAUUAGAAUUUAUUAUUGUUGAGAGAGUUACAAUUCUUACUUUAUGUUGAGAUCAAGGUAAUUACUGCACAUAAUCCCAUUAUUUCCUCACAGCUUGGUAGCAUAAUUGUUUAUUUGAAGCCACUGUAACACUUUAGAAGAACAGUGAUUUGCAAAAAAAACUUGUGAAUUAGAUUCGUUUUCGAAGCGCUAACUCUCUAAAAGUCUACCCGCAGUGGAAAGAAGUUGCAUUUUCUCACCUUCGUUUCACAUUUUCUCACCUUCGUUUCACAUUUUCUCACUUCUUUCAAGACAAAAAAAAAAAAAAAGCUGUUUGAAGACUCAGCUGCAGAUAAACUUCUGGCUGAGACGGACGAUUGUUUACUGAAGGAUCUGUGAAGAAGUGCCUCUUAAUUAUCGUCACUGUUCUGACUUCUUAUUACGACGUCAAGCAAGGAUCCCUUUAUACGCUCCUACAGGACGAUCUGUCAUUUUCAACACAGCAUACAAAAUAUUUUUGUAUUGAAGCUGCCGAUAGUCAAUACAUCAUAUUUACUGUCUUUGUUUCCCAUUUUCAUGCCAAAUAAUUUCCAGUUUUCAGUGUUUUUCAGCCUCAGAAACUGAAUUUCUGACGUCGUCGGAAGAUGAUUGAAGGAGGUUUUAUGGAAAAAAGUGGAAAGAAAUGAAAUACGUAUUUCUGUCUCUGAGGUAAAAGAGGAACCUCAGUGAUGAAGGCCAAUAUCAGCUCUUUAACACAGUAUCAGUGUAAUAUUGAUCAUAUUGGUAAAAAUAUUAUUAAAUGUAUGUUGUGUUGAAAAGUAAA